GAAAGAAGGAAUAAAAUAAAAUGUGAAAAACGGAGUAAACAGUCUGUUGUGGAGUGGAACUGAGGUCUGCCAAUUUGGGUCCGAACCCACUUGUGAAUCUGAUCUGGCGUGUUCAGGUGUCCUGAGACAGGGGGAGCUAUUUCUAAAAUGACUUCCUCAGAGGAGACCGAGACUGACGAUGGAACCCACGGCCCUGCGAGAAAGAGGAUUCACUGCUCACUGGAUUUAAGUCGUUCAGAAGAGAAGAGUUCAGAGAAACUGUCCUCCUCAGAACAGUCUCUCCUGCGCACUCUGAUGAAGCUGAAGAAGACUGAAAAGUUGAAACUGUUUCAGAGCCAUCUGAGUCAGGUUUGCCCAGAAUGCUUACAUAGGCUUGCUGAAGAUCCUUCUGUACUGGAUAAGCUUAUGAAGAUAAAGGAAUUGUUCAAGAGUCAUCAAAUUGCUGAUUACCCAGAAUGCACUGAGAGAGAGCAGGAGGAUCCUGAAGCCCUGUACAUAGUUGAGAAGAUGCUGGAGACCUGUGGCAUUGAGGGGUCUCUGAAGAUCACACUCCAUAUCCUGAGGAACAUGAAGAAGAAGGAUGUCACUGACCCACUGGAGAGAGAUGAGCAGCACAAUGAAUUCAAAGAAAGAGCCCAGCAGGCACUGAAAACUCAUCUGAAGAAGAGGUUUGAAUGCAUAUUUGAAGGUUUAGCAAAGCAGGGCCACCAGACCCUCCUCAAUGAGAUCUAUACAGAGCUCUACAUCACAGAGGGGGGAAGUAGGGGGGUCAAUGAUGAACAUGAGAUCAGACAGAUUGAGAUAGCAUCGACGAGACAAACCACACAUGAGACUGCAAUCAUCUGCAAUGACAUAUUUAAGCCUUCACCUGGACAAGAGAAACCAAUCAGAACUGUGCUUACAAAGGGCAUCGCUGGCAUUGGGAAAACCGUCUCUGUGCAGAAGUUCAUUCUGGACUGGGCAGAUGGAAAAGCCAAUCAGGACAUUGAUUUCAUCUUCACUCUUCCUUUCCGAGAUCUGAAUCUGAAAAAGGAGAGAGAAUUUAGUCUCAUGAAACUUCUGCAGCAAUACUAUCCACAACUGAAAGAGAUCAAAAGUUUUGAAGGUGAUGAAGUCAAAGUUGUGUUCAUCUUUGAUGGUCUGGAUGAGUGUCGACUUCCUCUAAAUUUCCAAAGCAAUGAGAUAUGCUGUGAUAUAACGGAGUCAUCAUCAGUGGAUGUGCUGCUGACCAACCUCAUUAAGGGGAAUCUGCUUCCCUCUGCCCUCCUCUGGAUCACCUCCCGACCAGCAGCAGCCAAUCAGAUCCCUCCUGAGUGCGUCCACCAGGUGACAGAGGUACGAGGAUUCAAUGACCCACAGAAGGAGGAGUACUUCACGAAGAGAAUCAGAGAUCAGAACAAGGCCAGCAGAAUUAUCUCACACAUAAAGUCAUCCAGGAGUCUCUACAUCAUGUGUCACAUACCAGUCUUCUGCUGGAUUUCUGCUACUGUUCUGGAGACAAUGUUGGAUAAAGUGAGUGGAGACCUGCCCAAAACUCUGACUGAAAUGUACACACACUUCCUGCUCAUUCAGACUAAUGUGAAGAAUGAGAAGUAUCCUGGCACCAAUGAGACAACCUCUAAGAAAAUGUCAGCAUCAAAUACAGAAAUCAUCCUGAAACUGGGGCAGCUGGCUUUACUACAGCUGAAAAGGGGCAAUCUGAUAUUCUAUGAAGAGGACCUGAGAGAGAUGGGCAUUGAUGUCAGUGAAGCUUCAGUGUACUCUGGGGUGUGCACAGAGAUCUUUAAAGAGGAGUGUGGGUUGGGUGAGGAGAAGGUCUACUGCUUUGUGCAUCUGAGCAUUCAGGAGUAUCUGGCUGCCUUGUUUGUGUUUCAUUCAUGUGUGAAUAAGAACAGAAAUGUACUCAGAGCAGAACAAUCAAAACCUCGCAGACGCAGAGUCAGAGUGCAGCUGUCUGAGUUACACAGGACUGCAGUGGAUCAGGCCUUAGAGAGUAAGAAUGGACACCUGGACCUUUUCCUCAGAUUCCUUCUAGGCCUCUCUCUGGACUCCAUUCAGACUCUAUUAGGAGGAAUACUGACACACACAGGAAGCAGAUCACCUGUACCAGUUCCACAGACACAGACAGGAAGCAGAUCAGAGAGCAUUGAGAAAACAGUAUUGUACAUAAAGGAGAUGAUCAAAAAAGAAUCUUCAGCAGAGAGGACCAUCAAUCUGUUCCACUGUCUCAAUGAACUGAAUGACAACUCUCUAGUGGAGGAAAUCAAGAAUUUCCAGAGAUCAGGAAAACUCUCUAAUGAAAAGCUGGAACCACACCAAUGUUCAGCCCUGGCCUUUAUGUUACUGAUGUCAGAGGAGAUCCUGGAUGAGUUAGACUUGACGACCUACAAAACAUCAGCAGCAGGUUAUCAGAGGCUGGUACCAGUAGUCAGGCACUGCAGGAAGGCCAUACUGAACGGCUGUGACCUCACAGAGAUGUCCUGUGAAAUUGUGGCCUCUGCUCUCCAGUCAUCAAACUCACCCCUGAGAGAUCUGGACCUCAGCAACAAUAACCUGGGAGAUUCAGGAGUGAAGCUGCUCUGUGCUGCACUGAUGAGUCCAAACUGUAAACUACAGAGACUGGGACUGAACAGCUGUGACCUCACAGAAAUGUCCUGUGAAAUUGUGGCCUCAGCUCUCCAGUCAUCAAACUCACCCCUGAGAGAACUGGACCUCAGCUACAAUAGCCUGGGAGAUUCAGGAGUGAAGCUGCUCUGUGCUGGACUGAUGAGCCCAAACUGUAAACUACAGACACUGGGACUGAACGGCUGUGACCUCACAGAGAUGUCCUGUGAAAUUGUGGCCUCUGCUCUUCAGUCAUCAAACUCAACCCUGAGAGAUCUGGACCUCAGCUACAAUAACCUGGGAGAUUCAGGAGUGAAGCUGCUCUGUGCUGCACUGAUGAGUCCAAACUGUAAACUACAGAGACUGGGGUGAGUAGUGCUGUGUACUGUGUGACCUUAACUAAAUAGAAUUAGUGAUUAUGGCUCUGUGCAGUGAAAUAUAUGAAGUGCUUUCUCUCUGUUUACUCCUAUGUCCACCAGAAUUCUUUCUUUGUCCACAUUGUUCUCAUCCCUCUCUUCUAACUGCUUUAGCACAACAAAGAAAAGCAGGAUAAACCCUCAUGAGUCUUAGGGUUGCCAGGUUUGUGGUUCUUGACCAGAAUGUAAGUUUUCAGUGGAGUCUGUAGUAUCAGGUCACAGGUGAUGACUGAAUGCUGAAUGCAUGAUUGACAUUGUGAAAUAUGGACCACUUCAGUUCAGUAAUAUGUUUCAAGUCGAUCAUAACAUAACAAAAAUGACAUAACAUAACAUAAUGAUGAGAAUAGGCCAUUCAGCCCGACAUGCUCACCGUUUUACUACCUACCACUAGUGCUAGGUUUACCUACAAACUAGAUAGUAUCCAGCAUCGUAUCAAGCCCGGUCUUGACAACCCCCAGAGUUUCUGCCUCUACUACAUGACAUGCGCCAAGCUAUUCUACACAGUGACUACUCUCUGUGUGAAAAAAUACUUCCUAACGUCGGUGUG